GACCUCAUCGCGACUGCCGCCCCAGAUAAUCACAUCAAUCGCCUUCACUCUCCCCGGCGACUUCGCUGCCUAGGGAGUCCUCCCCGUUGAUGCCAUGACCGACUACAACAAGCUCACCGUCGCGAACCUGCGCGGCCUCCUCAAGGAGCGCGGCAUCCCCUCAACCGGCCUCACGCGCAAACAGCAGAUUAUCGAAAGGCUUGAGGAAGAGGACAACGCUGCACCCACGACUGGCGCGCAGCCCGAAGCCGACGACGAUGCGCCACCAGAUGAGGCGGAAGAUGAGGAAAUGAAGGAAUCAAUUGCGCCGGAUGAGCCGACCGCCCAAGAAGACGACCUCAUCGAAAAGGUGUCGGCCGAGCAUGAGCCGGAUCGGGAGCCAGAACGAGCCGUAGAGCACCACGACGCGAUUCAGCCCACAGAGGCCUCGACCAAAGAGCCAGAUGCGGUGGCGGAGGUUAGCCCGGCGCCACCAGUUGAAGAACGAACCCAGCGGCCCGGCACCGCAAAUACCUCCGUAUCGCAGACUCCGAUCCCGACGCACGAGCAGCCAUUAUCAGCACCGGUAGAGGCCGAAGCGGAGACGGCAUCGACCACCGCAGAUCCCGAGCUCAGUGCGGAGACCUCGCGGCUUGGUUCGGCAGACAUAAUAGAAGAUUCGCGGAAACGGAAGAGGCGCAGUGUCACACCUCCCCUCGAUGCGCAGGAAGCAGCGAAGAAGAAGCUGAAACAGGAGGAAGAAUCUGGAACUGUGCAUCUGAAGGAGGAUGGAGGCGUCCCUGUAGAAAAGGGUUUGGCCGAUGCGACGGAGGGAGGGGCAAAGUGCAACAAUGAGGUCUUGGCUGAGGCGGAUGCGCCCGUGGAUGCGGCACCUGCGGAGACUGUUCUGCCUGCGAAAACGAGUGAUGAUGUGAUGGACAUCUCGCAUACCAGAAUGGCUGAGGAGAAGGCGGAGCCGAGCGCAGAACAAAGAGAGGAUCCAAGUAUAGGCGAACGUGGGCAGCAGGUUCUCGCUGAACGUGUAGAUUUUGAGGAAGAUCAACGCGACCGGAGAAGUCGCUCUCCUGAAGGAAGCCGGAGACCAUCUUCACCACGCCAUUCCGCAAAACCAGUCAAAGAAGUCCGCUAUAAAUCUCUCUUCCAGCCUGCAUCUGGUCCUGGGUCUGCCGAAACGCCGUCCCAUGUCGCCGAUGCAGCUGAAGAUGAUCGCCCAAUCUCUCCAGCCUUACACCCCGCCACCCGUGGCUUAUACAUCCGGAACUUCAUGCGCCCACUACAACCGGCGGGUUUGAAAUCCCACCUCAUCGCUCUCGCCUCCCCUCCGUCUUCAGCCAGCCCCAAUCCUGAUGUGCUUGAGCUAUUCCAUCUCGAUCCGAUCAGGACACACGUCCUGGCACUUUUCAACUCGGUCAGCGCGGCAGCACGCGUCCGGAGCAACCUCCACGAUGCGGUCUGGCCGGCCGAGCGCAGCAGAAAAGCACUAUGGGCGGACUUUGUGCCCGAAGAAAAGGUGCAGGAGUGGAUCGAUACGGAGGAGGCAGCCACAAAAGAGGGCGGCAGCCGCAUGGGCAAGCGAUGGGAAGUCAUCUAUGAGCCCGUCACACCCACCAACGACGACGGCGACGCAGACGCACCCACGGAAAGCAAGACCAGCGUGCGCGCCGUCCUGCGAGAAGCCGGCGCCCCCUCCGCCACACCCACGCAACCCAACUUCCCCAGCGCGCGCACCAACAGCCUCUCAGGUCCAAGCACAGCGCCCGCCCCGCCCGCACCCUCUACCUCAAGCAAAGACGGCAGCGGCGCCGCGCCCUCGGCCCCAGCCGCCUCCCCAGCCGCCAAGCCCUUCGUAGCACUGGACAAGCUCUUCAGCUCCACCACCGCAAAGCCAAAACUCUACUUCCUGCCCGUGCCCCAAGCGCUCGCAGACAAGCGCCUCGACGAGCUCGACCGCUGCACCAAGCGCGACUGGCGCGCCACAGACGACGACGCAAAGCCUCGUCGCCGCUACACGUUCCAGGACGGGGAGGUGCUGGUGGAUGCAGGGCCAGAGGAGGGCGCGGUGGCGGAGCCGAGAGUGAGAGGACGUGGCGCGGAGAGGUUUUAUAGAGGUGGGGGGAGGGGAGGGGGCGCUGCGGCGGAGGGGAGGCUGGGCGGGUAUAGAGAUGGGGGUGGGUAUGGUGAGGGGGGCGGAUUUGGUGGUGGGCGUGGCGGGUUCAAGGACAGGGGGUGGGGCGACACGAGGGCGUAUGAGUUUGGGAGCGGGCCUAGUCGUGGUGGUGGCAGCGCGAGGUGGAGGUGAGGUGGAUGGAUGUCGUCUUGACUGCCUGGCGUGGCGUUCUUCGACGUGGGUGGCUAGGUCCUUUGAGGUUGCUUUGCUGGGAGGAUGACGUGCUGUUUAGCUAGCUAGCUUUCUAUCUGAUAUGAUCAUGCGUGCAUGGAUGAAUGGAUGGAUGGAUGGAUGGGAGGAUAGGAGGAUGGGAGGCGGAGUUCCACUCAAUCAAUCAAUCAACAAUCAACAAUCACUUGACAAUCACUUAAUCAGCUAGUUACUUCAUAGACAAGACAUAGGCACGAAUGGAAGCGCGUACGCAUGC